GCGCUUCUCACAGCCUUCCGCCUUCUCUGACACUUCAACUAUUUCAGACAUCGUAAUUAGGUCGAUAUUCAACGUUAACCUUCAUUCAAACCAUUUAACAAAUCAACACGAAUUUCGUGUUUUACUGUACAGAAACCUUCUUUGAGCUAACCCCCCAUGAGGUGGGGUACACUCUAGCUGGAGCCUUUGUGGAAACCUCCAGUUUUGGAAGUAUCUUCAACAAGGGCGUUCUGACAACGCCAAAACCUGAGAUGGACAUGACAUAUCUUCAAGGUCUUUGUGGAAGUGCUCUUGCGGACUCGGAGGUCAUUCUGAAGACAUUGAAGGAAUGGCUUAAAGACAUGACGACAUUAAAGGACCACAAUGGGGUUCAGCUUCUUUCUACUGUGGUAGACCUUCAGCUCUGCCAGUACACCGGCUGUGACCCUGCUCCCCUGCUUCAGACCGCAAAUGAACUGCUUGAAGGAAAGAUGGGUUUGGAUGGCUGUACGUUGAAACUCAACUUCACAGGGAAGAACAGCAUAGACCAAAACAAAGAGAUUCACACAGUCACUUCAGCUUUAUGCCACUCCUUUUUUGAUUGGCACAAGGACUUGAAGGAUUCUGAUUUUGAGGAAGUGGAUGUCUUUGUGAAGACCCUUCACAAAGUAAAUGAGAAGCUACCAGCUCACCCACUUAAAGGUGCCAGCAAUGCCUAUAAUGAAGAACUUUUGAAGAAGUUGAACGACAGUGUCAAAAGAGAGGAGUUGCAGAGCCAUGAUGGGCCAAGGUUAAUUCUCCAGGCGUUAAAACUUUACAAUAACAUCAUCAGAGGAGAGGACGAGACUCAUUUGGUGGAUGAUUUGAAUGACCUUCUCAAAGGGAAGAAGAUGGAGAGCGGUAGAGAUUUGAGGAUCAACAAAGAUGAGUGGGUCAAAACAGAUCUGAAGUCCAGGAAGCAAUUGGCACUUGGACUCCAAUUGGACAUUUGCAAAUCUUUCUUCAGCUGGUUUCCAGACUUGAAGAAUGCUAGGUUUUACAUCUCGGCAUUUGUCGAAUGGAUGCUGAAGUCAAUCUAUGUUUGGGGAGCCAAAUAUAAUUUCCUCCAUCACAUGAACGCUUCAGAUCUUGGCCAAAGGCUUCUGAAGAGGAAAACCACUCACUUUGAGGACGCCGGUUUGCUGGAUAAUUCUCCCUACAUGAGUGCACUGAGAGCUGAGCGAGAAAUAGAUCUGAUCAUCUCCUUUGACUUCAGUGCAGGAAAUCCAAUGGAGACUUUGACGGAAACAGCUAAAGAGUGUAAGAAAUUGGACAUCUCCUUCCCAGCGAUCAACUACACAAAAACGGACAAAGAUUUCUACGUGUUCAAGGGGCUGAAGAAAGCCCCCACUGUGAUCCACAUACCCUUAUUCAACAUUGCAAACUGUGGAAGCGAGUGUGAGGCUUACAGAGACAAGUAUCGCACAUUCCAGGGAGCUUACAGCCCUGAGAUGAUUGAGGAUCUGAUGAAGAAGGCCGGUGAAAACGUAUUAAACAACAAGGAGAAGCUGUUGAGAGAGAUAGCGGGCAUUGUCCAGCAGAAGUGACCAACUUCUGCAUGAAAAAGCUCCAAUGCUUAUGUUGUUUUCUCUAAUUACUUAAAUUGUUAUUCUGGAAAUUGAAAUAUUUUAAAAUAUGCCUUAACAAUGUAAUCAAGAUAGCUACCUAUUGAAUAACGAAACAAUCGUUAUGUCUGUCUACAAUCAUAAACAAUCGUAGAAAGACAUUGAAAAUUGAAAUAAGAGAGUUGUGAUGUGGUUUUCUUUGAUCGGCCAUUUUAUAUUCAGUACUUAAAAUGUAUUUUGUUUGUAUCAAUCACCAAUAAAGACAAUCUCAAA